AUGAAGUUCUUCAUUGAUGAUCUUCCGGUGCUUUUCCCGUAUCCUCGAAUCUAUCCAGAGCAAUAUGCCUACAUGUGUGACCUCAAAAAGACCCUCGACGCAGGGGGUCACUGUGUCCUGGAGAUGCCUUCAGGCACCGGAAAAACUGUUUCUCUGCUUUCUUUGAUUGUCGCUUAUCAGCAGCACAUGCCGGAACACAGAAAGCUCAUUUAUUGCUCGCGAACUAUGUCAGAAAUUGAAAAGGCACUAGCAGAGUUGCAGGCUUUGAUGAAGUACCGUACGCAGGAACUAGGCCAUGAGGAAGAAUUUCGCGCUCUAGGACUAACCAGCCGGAAGAAUCUUUGCCUGCAUCCUUCCGUGCGACGAGAGAAAAGCGGUACUGUGGUUGACGCCAGAUGCAGGAGCUUGACGGCGGGCUUUAUGAAGGAAAAGAAGGAGCGUGGUGAGGAGGUAGAUCUUUGUGUCUACCACGAUAACCUCGACCUUCUCGAGCCACAUAAUCUUGUACCCCCGGGAGUAUUUACUCUUGAUGGUCUUUUGAAAUACGGAGAGGAACACAAACAGUGUCCUUACUUCUCUGCUCGGCGUAUGAUGCCUUGGUGCAACGUCAUUAUCUACUCCUACCACUACCUCCUCGAUCCAAAAAUUGCGGAUCGAGUAUCCAAAGAACUCUCAAAGGACUGCAUUGUGGUAUUCGACGAGGCGCACAAUAUCGAUAACGUCUGCAUCGAAUCCCUGAGCCUCGACAUUAGCGAGGAUUCACUCCGCAAAGCCACCCGAGGCGCAAUCAACCUUGAACGCAAGAUUGAAGAAAUGAAGACCACGGAUGCAAACAAGCUCCAAAACGAAUAUUCAAAGCUUGUAGAGGGGCUGCAGCAGGCGGAGCAAGCUCGAGAAGAAGAUCAGUUCAUUUCAAAUCCAGUUUUACCAGAUGACCUGCUGAAAGAAGCGGUACCCGGUAACAUUCGUCGAGCUGAGCACUUCAUGUCCUUCUUGAAGAGAUUCAUUGAAUAUCUUAAAACUCGGAUGAAGGUGACCCAUACCAUAUCAGAAACACCGCCUUCUUUCUUGACGCACUUGAAAGAUCUUACAUUUAUUGAGCGCAAGCCUCUAAGAUUCUGCGCGCAACGCUUGACACUGCUUGUGCGCACACUGGAGCUUGUAAAUAUUGAGGAUUAUCAAUCGCUUCAAGAAGUCGCGACUUUUGCGACUCUCGUCUCAACCUAUGAUAAGGGCUUUGUUCUCAUCCUAGAGCCAUUCGAGUCGGAAGCCGCCACUGUGCCGAACCCGAUUUUACAUUUUACCUGCUUGGAUGCUGCAAUUGCUAUCAAGCCUGUGUUUGAUCGGUUUAGCUCUGUGAUCAUCACUUCGGGAACAUUAUCCCCGCUGGAGAUGUAUCCAAAAAUGCUUGGAUUCACGGCUGUCUUGCAAGAAUCAUACAGUAUGACUCUGGCACGACGUUCAUUUUUGCCCAUGAUUGUCACCAGAGGAUCUGACCAAGCGCAGGUCUCCUCAUCUUUUGGCAUUCGCAAUGACCCUGGUGUUGUCCGUAAUUACGGAAGCCUUGUGACGGAAUUCGCACGUAUUACACCCGAUGGCGUUGUGGUCUUCUUUCCAUCCUAUUUAUAUAUGGAGUCCAUCAUCAGCAUGUGGCAAGGUAUGGGGAUUUUGGAUCAAAUUUGGAAUUACAAAUUAAUUCUUGUCGAAACACCCGAUGCCCAGGAAUCAUCUCUGGCAUUAGAGACUUACCGGACAGCCUGUUGCAAUGGACGUGGGGCUCUCUUGUUUUGUGUUGCACGAGGCAAGGUGUCUGAAGGUAUCGAUUUCGAUCAUCAUUACGGUCGUGCUGUGAUAUGCAUUGGUGUACCUUUCCAGUACACUGAAUCGCGUAUCUUGAAGGCCCGCCUCGAAUUCUUGCGGGAAAACUACCGCAUCCGAGAAAAUGAUUUCCUUUCCUUCGACGCCAUGCGACAUGCUGCCCAGUGCUUGGGUCGUGUCCUUCGUGGCAAGGAUGACUACGGAGUCAUGGUUCUUGCGGAUCGCCGAUUCGAGAGGAAACGACUGCAGCUUCCCAAAUGGAUAAAUCAGGCCAUGUUAGACAGCGAGACAAAUCUGAGCACAGACAUGGCUGUCUCAAAUGCCAAAAGUUUCUUGCGCAGUAUGGCUCAGCCUUUCAAGUCUAAGGAUCAGGAGGGCAUUUCUACGUGGAAUUUGGCUGAUAUUGAGCGACACGAAGCCAAGCGAAAGGAUGAACAUGAGCGACUGAACCACGAGCCCACACAUGGGUACAAAAUGGAUGGCAUCGUUGCAUCUGCUCCCAAGGUCGUAGAUGACAACGAGUAUGAUGAGGGCAUCGAUGAGGAUAUGAUGAUGCUCGACGCUUGA